AUUAUCUGGAAAUGGCUGAUAGAUUCAUCAACCCUUGCAACACUGACAUCCAUUUGAAGUACCAAAUCUGACAAGAGCUUGACAUGAACUCCAAAGAGUUCGAAGUUAACGAUGACAACACCAUUUGUGAUGAAUCUGAUAUCAAAGAGAACCGCAAGUAUGCAAAAUUUCUAGCUUCAAAUCUUCUCCACACAGAAGAAAAGAAAUGCAACUGUAGUGACUCCAGUCAAAACGAUGAGAAUAGCUCAGAGUACUGCGAAUACUGUAUCUCCAAAUAUAACAAGAAGAAGAGGAAGCGUUUGUUCAAAUAUAACACUCAGCACAAUAUUCAAAGCAAAGGUCGACCUUUGGAUAUAUUCCGGAAGAGAAUAGCACUUAAACCAAUGGAAAAUCCCACCAGGAAGAUCAGUAGUAUUGCUUAUAGAGUUCUAGACGCUCCAGGAUUAAUCAAUGAUUACUACUGCAACCUCCUUGAUUGGUCUAAAAACGAUAUUGUCAGCAUUGGACUAGGCGCAAGUUGAUAUCUCUGGCAAGGUAAAACAGAAAAGUCAAAGAAACUUUGCGAUCGCAAGACAAACACUAUAUCUGCUUUAAACUUCAACCAAUCAGGAUCAAAACUUUGAAUCGGAUAUCAAGAUGGACUUAUAGAAAUUUGGGAUCCCAUCAAAUGACAAAUAGAAAGAUCUUAUCUGAACCACGCAAGGAAAGUAGGAACACUAUCAUGAAAAGAGAACAUAUUGGCUUCAGGAUCAAUGGACUCUCAGGUCGUUAUCCAGGAUCUGAGAUGUAGCCCAAUCACUUGUGAUGUACUCGACUAUCAUUCUCAAGAAGUCGUUGGGCUAAAGUGGAACAACUAUGGGGAUUUUCUUGCAUCUGGAGGGAAUGACAACAAGCUCCUCAUCUGGGACUCGAGAAAUUUGGAAAAGCCAACACUAUCACUCAAAGGCCACAAAGCAGCAGUUAAAGGAAUCACUUGGUCAUCACAAAAAGAUCAAGUGUGUCUCAGUGGAGGAGGGACAGCAGAUCCAACCAUUCGCCUUUGGGAUAUUAACACUGGUAAACUGCUUCAACGAAUAGAUACAUGAGCUCAGAUCGGAAGCAUUAUUUUUAGUCGGAAUUCAAAUCAAUUCGUAACCACGCACGGUUUCUCAACCAAUGAAUCUCUCCAAAAUAAGAUCUUUAUCUGGAGCCUUAAGCAAGAUUACAAACAAAAAGCAAAGAAAGUAGCUACUUUAUCAGGCCACAACACAAGAGUUCUUUAUCUUGCUUUAAGUCCAGACGGAGAAAAGAUCAUCACAGGAGCAGGAGGAGCCAUGGACCAUAAUAAUCAGUUUUCUUGAUGUGAGACAUUGCGGUUUUGGAAUGUAUUUCCAGCAAAAAGAAAAGAAACUUCUUUCUCAUCCUCUCUGUUUGACAGUGGAGCAAUCACAAUAAGAUAGUUUCAACAUUAUAGACUAAUUUG